AUCAAACAUGUCUGGUCGUGGCAAAGGAGGCAAGGGUCUUGGAAAGGGAGGCGCCAAGCGUCAUCGUAAAGUUCUUCGCGAUAAUAUUCAAGGUAUCACCAAGCCAGCUAUCCGACGUCUUGCACGUCGUGGUGGUGUCAAACGUAUCUCCGGUCUCAUCUACGAAGAAACUCGGGGUGUAUUGAAGGUGUUCUUAGAGAAUGUCAUCCGUGACGCCGUCACCUACACAGAGCACGCCAAAAGAACGUAG